UUUUAUUUUUAGACUGUAAAACGUCAUUGAUUUCAAGGGAAAAAUUUGUUCCUUCUAAUUGCAGGAAGUAGCAAAAACCAUAGGAGAUAAAACUCUUAGCCAACUCACAAACUUUUAAUGACUCAGUUCUUAUGAAACCUCAUGGGGGGCCUGCAAGCUAUGAUCCCAUGUUAUUGCUUGACAAUAUCUGGUACGUCUUCAGAUUUCACAGAAUACACUUUUGUAUUUUGUUUUACAACCACUUUUCUCUGACAUUCUGUUGUCAGAGAAAAUGCAAGGAAAGUCUCUUGGAGGGUCUUGGAGCUUCUAUGUAUUUGUCUCUUCUCAUUUGGAAUUUGCUUCACAGGAGCUGUGGAGAUGUCUCGCAGGAGCCCUGUUGCCUCUUGGCUUUGUGCUAUGCUCCACUGCUUUGGAAGUUACAUACUUGCUGAUCUGUUACUUGGAGAAUCACCUCUUCAUUAUUUCAGUAAUAACUCCAGUGUUGUCCUGGCCACAGCAGUCUGGUAUUUGAUGUUCUUCUGUCCCAUGAACCUCUUCUACAAGUGUGUUAGCUUUCUGCCUAUGAAGCUCAUCUUUGUGGCAAUGAAGGAGGUGGUCAGAGUUCGCAAAAUUGCUGCUGGGGUCCACCACGCUCACCACCACGGGUGGUUUGUUAUGAUGGCUACUGGAUGGGUCAAAGGUUCUGGUGUUGCCUUGAUGUCUAACUUUGAGCAAUUGUUGCGUGGGGUCUGGAGGCCAGAAACAAAUGAAAUUCUUCAUAUGUCCUUCCCUACAAAGGCUAGUCUGUAUGGCACACUUCUCUUCACUCUGCAACAAACUCACUGGCUCCCCAUCUCUGAAGCCAACCUCAUCUUCUUUUUCACCAUGUUCAUGAUAGUUUGCAAGGUUUUCAUGACAGCAACUCACUCUCAUGCCUCACCUUUUGCUCCCGUUGAAGACUUCAUCUGCCCAGUUUUCUUUGGCUCUGUUUCUGGUGGACACGCUAGUCAUCAUCACGACCAGCACGAAGCCUCCCAUGAUGUUUCCCAUUCUCCACCUCCUCCUGCAAAGUCUAAGGAGGAGCUAAAUGAAGGCACAAGGAAACGGAAAGCAAAAAAAGCGGAAUAAAAAAACAACCACACAAUAAAUAAGCCAAGAAAAUUCUUCCAGAGCUGCAUCUCAAAGCCACCUUAAACGAGUGACCUCGUUUAUCCUCCAGUCCUUCUCUCUGAGACUUCAGAGAAGAGUUAGAAGCCAGGACACUGCCAGGCGGGUCCCUGAAUUUCAUCUGUGCUCUCUUUGCUGCUUCUUGCUACUUGGUCUCUGUCUCUCUAUUCUGAGCUUGUUUUCAGGGAUUUGUAGAUUUGUGCCAGGAUGAUGCUUGGGUGCCAGUUCCCAAACUGUCAGCAAUUAUGAUGCAGCAUUUUCAAUUGAUGUAAAAUCUUUUCAUUGUAUUAAUUUUUGAAUGGAGAGAGUGGUUUGUGCUCCUGCAACUUAAUAGGUUCCUUUGCAUUUUCAUUAACCUUUUUGAUGUCUACCACAACAGCAAACUGUUUAGACGCAAUCCACGUGGAAAUUGAAUUUUCAUACUCAAGGAAAUUAAAUGGUCUCAUAUGACCCUGAUCUAAUUUUCUUAGCUCCUGCAUCUGCAGUAUCUCCAGUUAAUGUGACAUUUUAGAUGCGAUAAGGACAUCAAUGCUGGUGUCCUGGACAAAUUCCACUUUGGGUAAUUACAUUUUUCUCAUCUAAAUUCCCUCUAAUUCUUAAUGAAUGUAACAUCUCUUUCUUAGCUAAGUCUUUGUUUGCAAGGGCUUUGAAGCUGCAAAAUGCUCUAAGUGCUAUGUAUUGGUACUGUUACUAUUCUGAACUGCUGUGUAGUGUUGCUGCACAUUGUUAACAAUUGUGUGUCCCACCUCAAACCUCACUGUGUUUAACUGAGGAAGAAGCAUGGUUCUGGUUUGUUUAUAAUCCUGUGGGAUACAUGAAGGGUGUAUAAGUGUAAAUGAGUAUUUAUUACUAUUUAUUUCUAAUUGUCAAGGCACUAAAUUAAUGGACCUGAAACUGGCUUUUUAAAAAAGCUUUGCGCCUUUGUAUACAGAAUUUGAUACUUUUAAGUACAGUCCUAAGCCCACAGCUACAAUCUGGCUUGCGCGUGAAGUAGUUUCUGGUGUGCCGGAGGCCAGCUUCAACUCUUUUCCUAUGUCCAGAAAGGAGUAUUUCCCAUGUUUUUAAACUAACAUUUAAGGGCUGUGAGGGGAUCCACACCAAAUGGAUCGAAAUUACCUUAAAGGACUGAUAAGAGAACACCAGCUGAAGAAAUCGAGUAUCCUUUGUAGGUCUUCUCAGUCAAACUGUUGACCUGUGGAAGGAGCCUGUGUCCAGUGAGUGAAGGAGAGGAUCAAAUGUCUUGCAUGGCUCAGGGAGGAGUCUGUCAGUUCCUUCACGUUCGGCUUGGUGAAUCUUGGCUUUUAGACUAAUUUCAAGCUGUUCUUAUAACUGAUUUUGUUGUUAAAAGCAUCAUCUGAAGCACUGUGCCCUAAGGACCUGAAUUUGCUCCGAGUUUUUUCCAUCACCAAGAGCUGGGAUCAUUGCUGUGGAAACAACAUGCUUGGGGAUGGAGCCUUGGGCCAUCCCCAACAAUAAGUUUUUUUUGCUGUCGUCUUGAAGUUGAAAGUGGUGGUAAAGUGAGGGGCUUGAAACUGAGAAUACAUAUUGGAGGGCUUUAAGAACUCCCCCCUUUUUUGUCCCUCUUGGAAAAUUGAAACUCCCACGGUUAAUUUAAAAAAAGAGCACCUGCAACCUAAAGAUUCUUGUAUACAACUGAUGAAAGCCAGUACAUGAGGUCAGAUUUACUGUGGGCUUGGGUUUUGAAAGUGCCUUAACUUUGUGACUCCUCCCUCCCCUUUGGUAGAAAACAGGAAUUCUACCUGACAACUGUCUGGUUUUGCAGAUACUAUUCUACUGAAACCUGAUGUAUCACUAGCAUGCAGAAGACUGUAAUUCAUGUUUUAUGAGAUGUCUGAUUUAAGGGGAAUUUUGUUUUAUGAAAGCCCUCAACAAAAUAAAAAUUGUGAAGUGAUUCUGAUUGCUCAAUGGCACUUGAGCAAAUACGCGCGUUUCUUUUACUCUCGCCAGGGACGUUUCCCGGAGGGGCGGAAUAACUUGCUUCCACGGCACAGAGCUGGGAACGCUAAGGAGAACUCGGUGCAGUCCGUCUUCUGGCUGAUUAAAUGAAGAUCUGGAAAGGGCUACUUAUUCUCUUAAGGAUGUUGCUUCUCUCCCCCCAUAUCUAACUCUUAAAAUGUUUAUCAGUAUUCCCUUAUUUAUCAUAGCAGUUGAGAAUGUGCGUUACAUUGGAGCGUGGGUUUUAAAGUCUCCGUAUGAUCUGACCAGUGGAAAAGAAGGCCAGUGCAAGCCCUGCUGCACAUUUAAAAAAAAAAA